GAGGUCGCUGCCGUCGAGAUAUUAAUGUGCGUCUCAUAUAUAAAGUUGAACGAGUUAACUUUUUUUUAACUGAUACACCAAAAAAUAACGCAAGUUACUUCAAAUGAUAUUUUAAUUUAUCAAUAUAAAUUGCAUGAGUAUUUUAAUUUUAUUUAUUAUUUUUAAAAUUCAUAAAAAAGUUCUAUAAUUAUUUAAAAAAUGUACGCAUUUAAGCCGUACGUUUUUACUGAACAUUCACCGAAUAGUAUUGCGAAACCUGAAGGAAGAAUGAAAUCCAAGAUAAGAUGUGAUGGUAAAAAUUUAUAUAUUUACAGCGGUGAAGAUCCAACUGUUGUGACACAUCGACGUGAAUCGGGCAAUGUUUUUUCCGUUUCAUCAAAACCAGAAUUUCGUGAUAUCUGGGUGUACAAUCUAGCUAAACAACAAUGGAGAUUAAUGACAAUUGACAGUAAUUUACCAGAUAUCAACGAUUUCAUUGUUGGUACUAUUUUUGAAUCAAAUUCAUUAUUUAUUUGCACAAUACGAAAACCUUUUAAUCGCGAGCUAUCAAGCCGCAAAUGUCGAUUACAUAUUUGUGAUUUAAAUACCGAAAGUAUACUUGUCCAGGGGACAAGUGGUCACAUUCCAUGUCCUCCAUCUGCAGUUAAUUUUAUUCGUCAUGAAAAAUAUUUUUAUAUUGUCGGAGUCGAAGAAAAUUAUGGAUACUUUUCCGAUGUAUAUAAAUUAAACAUGGAAAAUGGUGUAUGGGAAGUUGAUUAUAUCAGUCAAGGACUUAAUGACCAUAUACGAGAUGCCAGAAUGAACCCUACUUUAGUUUAUGAUAACAAUAUGAUUUAUAAAUUUGAUGGCUAUAGUAGUGAUUUCGAACUUGAUGAACUUUAUUUAGACGAAAUUUCGGCGUUUGAUUUAGAAAAGCGCUGCUGGAAAAUAGUAAACACUCUUGGUGAUGAAAAUCACAUGCCGCAUUAUCCAAGUCAAAGAAAAGAUUUCGGGUUGACUAGUUACACUGAUCCAGAUUCUGGUGAAGUAAAUGUUAUAAUAUCUGGAGGAAAAGAUUAUGAAUAUAGAGAUACCUUGGAUGAUGUCUGGAGAUUGAAUCUCACAAGUUUAAAAUGGUCGUGUCUCCAGAGAUUUGGUGCUGUCUUACCUCAUCACGUCGAAAAUCAUUCAAUGACCGUUUCUCCUGCUGGGAAAUUAUUCACAUUUGGUGGACAUAUUUCAAUUAAUAUGGAAGAUGGAACUUGUUCUUCUACUUUACACUCAACUUGGCUCAGGAUUCCCAAACUCGAAGACAUUUGUUGGGAAGCUGUUUUCCAUUACUAUCCAGACUUAAAAUCAAUGACUGACAAAGAAAUUAUGUCCCUCGGCCUUCCAUUGCAGUUACUCAAGUCGCGUAUUAAUUAAUGAAAUAUUUAUAAGUAAAUUUACUGCACUGAAAAAAAAGUUUUUUUCCACCUAGAAAAUUUUUCUCUCCCGUACAGAACCUGGUAUUCUAGUUUUUAAAAUACCAAAGUUUUUUU